AUGUCGACGAAGCGCUCUGACCUGUCUCACAUGCAAGAAAAGUUAUACAAAAGGUGGGAGAGGUGCGUCGAUCAUGUCAUCUCAGAGGUGAGCGGGCCGCCCAUCAGUAAUGUGAUAUAUGGCAGUGAGUAUGUGAUGGGCGGUGACUCGGUGAAAACUCCAGGCAGUGAUCAAUGGUGGCGGCCGGGUGAGGUACCGCGCAGCGCAGGCGAAGACGACGGCGGGCAGGGUAGGCGAGGCGAGGCGAGGCGAGACAGGGUGCAAUUGCAGUGGAGUGGCUCUGAGGUUAUCAACAUAUGUGCCUUGGGGUCUUGGGAGGACUCGGCGAGUGUCACGACGAGCCGCCACACGAACCGCGCACCUGCACCUGCACCUGCACCUACUGUACUGUUCAGGACGAUUAAGCGAGAUGGCGGACGGGGGUUCUUGGUUAUCGGUAUGUAG